AUGGAGAAGAAGCAAGCGUUGGAGUGGGCCGAAGCACAGCAGAUUGUGAUAAGCGAGGACCUUGUGGCCGCGGCUAAACAUCAGCUACGAUUUCUUGCGGAGGUUGACAGGAACCGCCACCUCUAUGAUAGCCCUGUUUUAGACCGAGCCAUUUUGAGGUACAAAUAUUGCUGGCUUCCCUUACUUGCCAAACACACCAAGUUUCAUGUUACAGAAGGCCCUCUGGUUGUGCCUCUUGAUUGUGAAUGGAUAUGGCAUUGUCAUAGGCUUAAUCCGGUGCGCUACAAGAAUGACUGCCAGGAACUUUAUGGGAGAGUUCUUGACAACUGGAAUGUUGAAUCCUCUAUUCAGGGAACUUGCAAAAAGCAAACUGAAGAAAUUUGGAACAGGAUAUUUCCAAGUGAACCAUAUGAACCCAAUUGGAGGAGCCAGUUGACAGAGAAUUUUGGUGUAACAAUUUUGGGAACUUCAGAAAGCACCAAGUAUGAUUUAGAUUCAGCUGUCAGAAGGCAAACCUCUUUCUUCUACCAGGUAUCUAGGCCCAACAUGAAUGAUUAUCACUUUCUUGAAGGAGCAGUGGCCAGAUAUAAGGGGUUUCUACAUUUGAUCAAGAGAAUCAAUUACUUCUGUGUCCCAACUUACGACAUUGAUCUCAUCUGGCACUCACACCAACUGCAUCCUGCCUCUUACUGUAAAGAUCUGGUGGCAACAAUGGGGAAGGUAUUAGAGCAUGAUGACACAGAUUUUGAUAGAACCAAGGGUAAAAAGCUGGAUGUUGGGUUUUCUGAAACCACCAAACAGUGGGAAGAGGCAUUUGGUUUGAGGUACUGGAGGGCAGGAGCAUUGUAUAGAGGGCAUGCACCAUCUCCUCUCACUACCAAUCUGCACAAACUGAAAACUGUGAGCAUGAAAGCUGCUCCAUCCAAUGAGUAUCAGAAUAUGAUUCGGCUUCCCAAGAAAACUCUAGUGGAGAUUAUGCUGGAGAUUGUGGGGGUCAAAGAUUUACCAUUAGAGAGCGAGGGCAACCUCUUCAUCUCUUUUGGUAAGAAACAGCCAGAUAUAAUCCUCAACACCAGGAAACAAAUGAGCAUAUCCUCUGAUUCAGGAGAGAAACAGGUUGCUGUCUUCCAAUGUGAACCUAAUGGAGAGCUUGUCUUUGACCUUAUGACAUCUUUAUCCUUUAACCUGCCCAUUGCAAGGCCAGUCAAAGUAUUGGGGAGUGCUUCAAUCUCUCUUGACAACCUUCUGAAUCCCAUCCAUGUAGAGAACUGGUUUGAGCUGAUGCCAACUUCUGGAGUCGUGGGUUCCGAGCCAAUCUGUUUACGUAUUGCUCUCUCCUUGACUGCUCCCAUUCCAGCCCCCUAUGUGGUGCAAAUGGUUCAGAUGUGUCCAGUCUCAAAAGGUUCAUGUUUCAUUCCACUCCCUGGAAGGUCUCACCAUGCUAAUAGCUGGACAUGUGUUCUGGAUGAGGCUGGCAAUGAGGUCAUCAGCUUCCUCAUGAGGGAAUCAACAAUAAAAGAUGGAAGAAGCAAUGGUCUUUCCAAGAAAGAAGUGAUUGGCAUGGUUAAAUCUGGUAAAAAUCAAGUGCUUGCAGAGUUUGUUGGAAAAGGGUGGUCCUUAAUGAACUCAAACUGGUCACUUCAGCUUCAUAAGGAACUCAGUGUAGAUGGCCAUGUUUUUGAGCUCAAAGGCAUCAAGAAGGUGAUCAUUUUUCCUGGUAGAAAACUAGAGUACGAAACCGACUGCUGUGAGAAGCCAAAAAAUGAACAGAACUUCAUGACUGCUGUUGAAUUCUCUGCAGAAAAUCCUUAUGGAAAAGCCGUGGCUUUGCUCAACUUAAAAUCUGGCUUCCUAAAGAUCAAGGAAGAAUGGCUUGUAAUGCCCGGAAUCCUAUCAGCUUUUAUUAUCUCUGAUAUUUUGAGGAAGGAGGGCUAUAGUGGUUUCAUCACUGACAACAGAGAGGAUAAACAGGAAAAUGACAUAGACUGCAGCAAAGAGUGUGAAGCUCUGGUGGAAGGCACCGCACUUGGCAGGUGUAAUGGAGGUUGUGGCCAUCAAGAUAUUGUGAAGAGUGGCGGUUGUGGUGGAGGUGGGGGCUGUGGGGGUGGUUGUGGAGGAGGCUGUGGAGGUGGGAGCUGUAGGGGCAGUUGUGGAGGAGGUUGUAGAGGUGGCGGCGGUUGUGGGAGUUAUAAAUAA